AUGUAUUAUGUUGAUCUCUAUGGUGAUGAUGCAGAUUUAUUUAUUGCUGGUUUAGCUAUGGGCAAUUGUCGUGUGGCAACAUUUUCACUCUAUCGAUAUGAUCCAUAUUUAACAUUUAAUGAAUCAGAUUGGUUUAGUUGUAAAUUAAGAAGUGCUACUAAAUCAGAGAAACAAAUUGUUAAACGACGAAAUAUAUUAUUACUCAGAGCCUGUCGUCUUUUGACACAUGAAAUAUGUCAUCUAUUUGGAAUUGCUCAUUGUAUUUACUAUUCUUGUCUAGUCAAUGGAAGUGGCGAUCUAGAAGAAGAUUUUGGUCAACCGCUACUUGAAUGUCCAGUUGAUCUACGAAAACUUUAUUCAUUAAUCAAUUUCAAUAUUUGUACAAGAUACGAACAAUUAUUGACAUUUUUUAAGAUGCACGAUUUUCUUGAUGAAAUAAAAAUGGUUGAAACAAAACUCAAUAUUAUAAAACAUUCAACAGAGCCGAAUUCGAGUAAUUCUUCUAUGUUGACGAAGAUUGUAAAGAGAAAACGUGCUAACAAAAUUAAUACAAAAAAAGAUGUUCCUCUGACCACAGCAACAGUACCAGAAGAUGAAGAAGUAUCAGAAACAUCAGCAAAACAUACGAAAUGCCACUAA